GAGGCGGAAGUGACGUAAAAUUACUACGCGGCCCAUCCGAUCUCAUAGGUUUUGUUGUGUCAGUUAAAUGAGGUUAUGUCGCGAUAUUUUGCCUCUUUAAGAAAACGGAAAUAAACUCUACCACAAGGCAAGAGUGAACCUGAAACGUUAGUGACCCAGAGGAGGCCUCUGUCUGUGUCACAGUUAUGGGAGCGUUAAUAUCUCGAUGGAAGACCAAACAAACAACAGUAGAGGAGCUGGAGAAUCUGGAAAAGGAGAUUAAGAAGCUGGAGGAGUUCAGAGGCAAAAAUCAGCGAUUACAAAAACUCUGGGUCGGUCGCUUGCUUCUUUACUCGUCUGUCCUUUACCUGUUCACUUCUUUCACCGUUUACUGUCUCUACCUACCUGAUGAAUGGCUACAGAGACUAGCCAUGGCCCUGCCUUUCUUUAUAUACCCCAUACUUGUGUGGUUCAUCAGGAAGCUGCUGCUUUUCCUGUUUUCCAAACUCACUGAGAGGAACAAUGAUAAACUUGAAGAUCUGAAAGCUGCCAAGAAAAAAAUUCUGGAAGAAGUGAUGGAAACGGAGACGUACAAGACUGCCAAACUAAUCCUGGAGCGCUUUGAUCCUGAAGCUAAAAACAGACAUGGACUGGAGUCGACACCGGUGGGUCCUCAGCUAACUCCCAGACCUGGUCAAGAAAUUCGUCAAAGGGGUGUGAGUAUGAGAGCCAUGGGCUCUUUGGAUGUCACGGGAAUGACUCUGUCACCAGGUACACGGCCUCAGAUGGGACCAGUGGCUCCAGGAGGACCUCCAGAUAAAUCCACCCCCAGCACUUCUAUGAUCCAUGGAGGUGUGGAGAGGACACCCUGCACCCCGAUUAGAGGUGUAGGCACGUACUCCACUGGUCCUCCAUUACCAAGACCUAUUCUGCCCAGAGAAAGAGGAGCAGUUGACCGAGUCAUUGAGUAUCUGGUGGGAGACGGACCAGAGAGAAGAUAUGCCCUGAUCUGCCAGCAGUGUUUCUCUCAUAACGGCAUGGCCUUGAAAGAAGAAUUUGAAUAUCUUGCAUUCCGUUGCGCGUACUGUUACUUCCUGAACCCGGCCAGGAAGACUCGACCUCAGGCUCCCAGACUCCCUGAGUUCAGCUAUGAAAGGAGGCUGAGAGCGGAUCCGUGCUCUCCUGGACCGUCGCUUUGCUUCGAGACGGACAUAGAGGAGACCGCUGCCCCCAGUGGAGCUGAGGAACAUCUGGGUCAAGAUGACAGGGAGUCUGAGGAAGAGAAGGAGAACGUAGCGGUGGAGAAUCGGCAGAACGAGGAAGAGGAGGAGAAGGAGGAGGAUGAAGCAGUUAAAGAAGAAGAGAAGGAACUGGACCAGAGCCAGAAUGAAGAACCUCCAGCAACAUAGAGAGCGCUGAGAUGAACCAGAUGAAGAGCAGCCAUGGCAGAUGGCUCCCAUGGCAACACAACACUGAAGAGCAUGCUUUGUGUUGGCUGAAGUGACUCUGGUUUGGUGGUAAUGUGAUUUUAGGUUUAUUACAUGGGUGGAAAGUGAAGAUUCAGGCUGAUUAUUGAUCCUGUCAGUGAUGCUUUCUGGGAAAUCAAACCUCCAUCUUUCAUUUAGGCUAUUUGAAGAUUUACACAAUAAAAUCAUUAUAGGUUUAAAGUUGUAGAAUACUGAAGAGUUGAUGAUCCAACUGGUUCUGACCCAUCAGUUUUAAACGAUCCACACAGGAUUUGAUCUCAAACCUGUUAUGAUGCAGUUUAUCAAAACUCAUUUAGUCUAUUUAAUGAAACCUUUAGGUUUAGUGAACUGCAGUGACUCCAUGUGGAAAGUUAAGACCAUUAACAUCAAUACAUCCCCUAUUUAGGAUUAUGUUUAAGACAAAUGCAUGCCUUUGAUUUAAUUCUGCUGAAAUAACUUAUUUUCUACAUUAUUUCAUAAUAAAAUGAGCAAUAGAAUAUUUUUUUGAAUGUUUCUCGAUUUGGUUUAGGAAGGAACCUUUAGGGUCCUCUGAGGGUCAAAUGAGUUUUAUUACUGUUUUCGAGUUGACCUAAACAUAAUUUUAUAGAUAUAUCUCAAAAAAUUAGAACAUUGUCAGGAAACUGGACCUUCAUUUGAGAGACUUAAAUUCUUAUAGAUUCAUUAAACAUGGAGAGAAAUUUUUCAAGCCUUGUAAUUUUUUAUGAUUACAGAUGAAAAAUCGCUUGAGUGCAGAGUCUUGGAGUUUUAGAGUUAGAAUAUUGCAUAAGAUCAAUUAAAAAAUAUUUAAGCUUUUCUAUCAGGUCUUGACUGUGACUGAACUGGUGGACCACGUUGCUUCUUUUCUGUUUCAUACUGCUGUGUUUUGUCAUGUUGACCCAGUUCAGGCCCAGUUCAGACUGGUUGUCUCACGUCUGAGUCCAGAACCCUUUGAUAUGAAGAUGAGCUCCAAAAUGAGUCUAAUACAGCUAUUUCCUCAAACAUAUCAACUCUAAGGUGAUUGUUGAUUUCUCUCCUCAUUGGUCUUGACACAGUCGUUUGUUCCAGAGUAGAAAACACUCAAAUCCAUAUUCUGAAAGCAAUUCUCCCAAUAAUAAUCAGUUAAUCAAUUAGGGCGUCAUGGCUGCUCCUGUCUCUCUGGAAUCUUGUGGAAGCAGCAGAGUUUAUAGUCAAGCUUUCAUUUGUCAUACAAGAUUUGUAUUAUUUUUUUUCAGUUUGUCUUCAUUACAUUCUUCAAUUCUGUGUUGUUUUUUUGUCUUUUUUUUAAACACACGUCUUAAUACACAACACUGGAAGUGAAAGAGGAUGUACUUUGGAUGUACAUAUUUAGAGAAAGUUGUUGGAUUUUAGUUCAGAAACUCAGUAAAGGUGUUUUCUGAGUUGUGGAAACUAUGAAAUCGAACCUCUUUGUGCUUGAUGAACUCUCACUCAUAUUUAUCCUCCUUCAGGGGACAAUUUGCCAAAUGUUUUACUGUUUCUUUCUAUAUUGUAUUAAUUUAUUUGUGUUUUAUUUUUGUUUAUAUUUGCAGUCUGUGUUUACUGUGCUGGUACUAUCCGUUUCAAAGAGCCACUUGCCAUUGUGACUGUUUACUGCUGUUUUAAACCCAAAUCUCCCUUUUACCGUUUGUUAAACAGUUUACAGUUUAACUUCAUCAUUUAAAUGUUACUAAGACACUUCUAAGAGAUUACUUCAUGAAUUUUAGCUUCACUAUUUGCAGAAAGGCAUUGUUACUUCAUAGAUUUUUUUUUUUUUUUAAACCUGGAUAGGAAUUUCUGAAAACUUUCCAGUAUUCCUUCAUUUUACCUGCCCUCGCUGAUUGAUGAGUGAUUCACUGAAUGCUGCCAUUUGGAAAGAUCUUUUUUAGUAAAAUGCACGUUAGUAGGAGAAGCUUUCAAUUCAAGUCUAUUACUGAGUAAAUUAUUACUUUAAUAAAGUUCUUUGCUGUAUAUUUUCA